AAGGGUGGGGUUGUGUGUGACUGUGGUGGGGGGAACUUCCGCGCUGAGGGUCUUCGAGGAUACCCUCAAGCUCUAGGUGAGGCAGUGGCCGACCACCUCCGACCGCACGCUGAUAACGAAUAGCACCUGUUGCCUGAAAGUACCUGUCAAGGUCACAACCCACGCGGUAUCCGGGUUCCAUCAUGAGCGACUCGGAAACCGAAACAGGCUCCGACCAUGCAGCGCAUUCCAAGCGCAGCAAGAUGAAGGCCCUGUUCAAGGAGGGCCUCUCGCGCGGCAAGGAGGAGCUGGUCAAGGGGAAGCUCAUGUUCGAGCACUCGCUCGGACUGGGCCACAAGCCCAACGUCAUCCCGCCGGCGGAACCGGACACCAACGGACCAGCGCGGACGGUGGAGAUCGGGUGGCACCCGGUGGCCGGGUUCGCGGGCAAGUGGUUCGCCGAAAAGACGCGGCUUGGGACGUGGAUCACGGAGAAGGUGCACAAGUACCCGGACCCGUCGCAGCACUGGGCGGUGCUGGUGGGCGACUACUGCCACGAGCUGUGGAUGGACGAGCAUCUGGACAUCAUCUACAUCAACGAGCGGGUCGAGCGCGAGCAGUGGCACACCUUCCGCGUCGGCGAGACGACCUUCAACGACGAGGCGCUGCGCCAGACGGGCGAGAUGGUGAUCAGCCAGAUGCGCGCCAAGAAGGCGGCCUACAACCUCAUCAGCAACAACUGCCAGAACUUCGCGCUGCUGCUGCUGGACGCGAUGCAGAUCGGGGAGGCCGCCCACCCCAAGUUCGGCACGGCGCUCGCCGUCGUCCAGGCGGCCACGGGCCCCGGCAGGAUCCGGGACCUGUUUGAGGAGAAGCAGCCGGGCGAGCAGGUUGUCGUCGCCGUCGAGGAGCCGGCGCAGGAGCCGGCGCAGAAGGACAAUGCCAUCGUGGCGCUGGCGAAGCGGCUGAUGGACGAACACACGACCAAGUUGGACAACCACCAUCACGUCCAUUGAUGAAAAGGGGCGCGCUGUGGUACAUACAGUAAGUCGGCCGAUUACAUGGGCCGAUGUGAAAUGCCAGUAUUUCACCGAGUAACGCACCGAGUUCGUGCGUUAAUCUUUAAUAGUGGCAUGCCGGAGGCGCGCACUGUGGGUUUGCACUCCGUCUUGCAUGGCCAUGGCCGUCACACGGGUCGACACGUCAACGGAUGUGUGACUGAGAAUGGUAUAGCAUCGAGUGUUUUGACGGGUCAACUUGGAAGUCGAUGAGAAACCGUUCUGAGAUCGGUUGUUCGAAGUUUUGCCUGAUGUGUUCGGAGACGGGUGACAAUCGACAUCGGA